GGCAGCCUGCCUGUAGCUGAAGGUCACUAAAUACAAAAGCUCUUAGCGCUGCGGUCCAAUAUAGCGCAUGCGCCCGGCCCGGGGACUGACAGAGGGACCGCAAUAUGGCGAGAAUGCCUGGCAGCGGGGACUGCGACGCCGGUACCGAGGGCACGGAAAACAGGCGAAGUGGCAGCCAGGACAGGAGCGAUGAAGAGGAGGACGAGAUUCAGGAGAUACAGAUAACCGGGGACGAGGAGGAUGAGGAUGAAGAGGAGUGGGAGGCGGAGUGUGGGGACACGGAGAACUGUUCCGGUGGGGAGGCGAAAGCGGUCCUUAUGCGCAAUACGGACCGGUGUAGUGAGUUCGACGCGGUGGCAGACCCCUUUCACAUCCCAGGGCUGGACUCGGACUUGGAGGCGGAUCUGCAGCGCUCAGACCGCUCCAGACUUAGUGAAAACACGCGUCUGGCCACCAGGUACGCGGUCCGGAUUUUCCGGGAGUACCUGAGCGAGAAAUCCCAAAGUCCUGACUUUGAAACUAUGGACAAGGAGGCGCUGUGCAAGGUGCUACGCUCCUUUUAUGCGGAGGCGCGCUCGAAAAGUGGACAGCUGUACAGCAAGUCUUCUCUCAUCAGCAUCAGGAGCUCCCUGAAUAGGUACCUGAAUGAACCGCCUUACUGUCGCACCCUGGACCUGACCAAGGACCCAGAGCUGAGGAGCGCGAACCUGACGCUGGCGGCGGUCAUAAGGAAGCUGGAGGAGCAGGGCGCUGGUCCCGUUGUGCAAAAGCAGGCGAUCACCCGUGCGGACCUGAGGAAGCUGUACACCUCCAGCGUGUUCAACACGAACACGCCUUUCGGCUUGCUAAACAAAGUGUGGUUUGAGACCUGCAUGUAUUUCUGCACCAGGGGGAGGGAGAACCAGCGGGAGCUGGAGGAGGACUCAUUCGGACUGGCGAUCGACGAGGAUGGGAGGAAGUUUAUAUACUUCAAAGCGCUGGGGCCGUAUCACAAGUCCAGAUCAGCGUCAUGGAGUAAAAAAAGGUCUGACACUGACGACGACAACCUGCCCCGAAUGUAUGAGACCGGCACGGAGUUCUGCCCCUAUGCCAGCUUCGUGAAGUACAUCUCCAAGCGCAAUCCGCUCUGUAAGGCGUUUUUCCAGAGACCCCGGGACCACUGCAGCGAGAGCGACAUGACCUGGUACGAGAACAAGGCGAUAGGCAAGAACCUGCUGGGUACGAGGAUGCAGAUGCUGUCCAGGGCCGCCAAGCUGUCUAAGACCUACACGAACCACUGCAUCGGCGCCGUCUCCAUCGCUACUCUGAACAGCAUCGCUGGCAUCGGGUCAAAGUUAGCGCCUCUGCACGCUGCUCCGGAAACGGUCAGCCGGGCGCAGCAUCAGUUCCAGUUGGUAGUCCCAUUCGUGCACCAGGUCGAAGAUGGCAUAGAGAUCAAGCCCCCCAAAACGACGAAGCGGCCGCGGCCGAUAUAUCCCGUUGACCUGUCCGGACCUGCGUCCCCCAAAAAGCUUUGUGCGCGGUCUGCGGAGUCCGAUGCCUCCCCUGCCGAGGUGCCGGUGAGAACUGACCCGCAGCCGGCCGCUUCCCUCGAGUCGAACGGGCAGCCUGCCACCCCCUCGCCGGCUAUUGUACUGCCUGCGCAGGAUAACCGUGCCAACAUGUCCAGACCCAUGAUAACCAGAUCGCCCGCGUCCCCAUUGAGCAGCCAGGGAAUCCCCACGCCGGCACAGCUGACGAAGUCCAACGCGCCCGUGCACAUCGACGUGGGCGGUCAUAUGUACACCAGCAGCCUCGCCACGCUGACCAAGUACCCGGACUCCAGAAUCGGACGGCUCUUUGAUGGCACAGAGCCCAUCGUGCUGGACAGCCUGAAGCAGCACUACUUCAUUGACAGGGACGGGCACAUGUUCCGGUACAUUCUCAACUUCCUCCGGACCUCCAAGCUGCUCAUCCCAGAUGACUUUAAAGACUACAGCCUGCUGUAUGAGGAGGCCCGCUACUUCCAGCUGCAGCCGCUGCUGGCUGAGCUGGAGCGCUGGAAGCAGGAGCAGGAGCUGGGCUGGGCGUCGCGGCCCUGCGAGUGCCUGGUGGUGCGCGUGGCGCCCGACCUCGGCGAGCGCAUCAGCCUGAGCGGCGACAAGGCGCUCAUCGAGGAGGUUUUCCCUGAGAUCGGCGACGUCAUGUGCAACUCUGUCAACGCUGGCUGGAACCACGACUCCACGCACGUCAUCCGCUUCCCACUAAACGGCUACUGCCAUCUCAACUCCGUCCAGGUCCUGGAGCGGCUGCAGCAGCGCGGCUUCGAUAUCGUAGGCUCCUGCGGGGGCGGCGUGGACUCGUCGCAGUUCAGCGAGUACGUCCUGCGGCGGGAGCUGCGGCGGGGCCAGCGCGGACCCUCCGUUAUUCGGAUAAAGCAGGAGCCUCUGGACUAGGGCUGGCAGGGGGCAGUUCGCCGGCUGGCAGCGUGGGGGGGCCAGCGUGCUCCUUCACUCUGCACUGCUCUGACUGAAUCUGGAGAACCACAUGGACUGAAAAAAAACGGACAAUGACAAACCCUCAGCGAUUGGCUACCGAGAGACUUGAGCUGAAGCUUGUGGAAAUCUCUGUGGAGCUCCGCGCCCAACCACCCCCCCCCCCCCCCCCCCCCAUUCUUUGAUUCCAGAAAAAUAAGUUUGUUUUAAAACUUUGGGACUACAUCAAUUAAAGAAAAUGUCAUUGCCAUGAGGACCAGGAAGAUGAGACCAUGUUUCCUUUUUUAAACGGGAGGGGGGCCUCCACUACAGAGGGGUUAGUGCUGUGGGGAAUUCAGAGAUCCGCUACUGGCAUAUUUGUAAUUUUCAUUUAGUUAGAAUUAAACCAGUAUUUUAUAUGAAAUGUCAACAUGCCUAAACGUAUGUUCACAUUGUCAACAUAUAUGAUUCCAUGUAUAACAAGCCUAAGAGGAUAAUUUUAUUUCAAAGUGUUAAAAAAAAAAAUCCCUUACCUGAAGUGGUAAAGUAUACAGAC